AUGGAUGGUAGAUUUUCCAAGGGAAGCAGGCCUUCAUCAAUUGCCGCAGGCAUUCGGAAGUCAUGGGAUUUUGUGUCAGAGCACGAGAGGUGGGUUAUUGGCAAUGACGGGAGUUCUCUGGGAAAUCCAGGAAGGGCAGGUGCUGGUGGCAUUGCUCGUAACAAAGAGGGUCAGAUUUGCAACUCUUUCAGUAUUUAUUUAGGCAUUAAAAAAAUCUUUGAGGCUGAGUUUGAAGCAGUUUUGGAAGGUCUGAUCAUGGCAAAGAGAUAUGGGGCCAGUGAAGUGUGGGUUGAGUCAGAUUCGGCUGGUGUAGUGUCUGUUGUGCAGAAGAACCAAGUUCCAUGGUUUGUGCUCCAAAGAUGGAGAGCGAUUCUCCCCUAUUUGAAUUCUAUUUCGUGGAAAAUUUCUCAUUGUUUUCGCGAGACAAAUGUGGUUGCAGAUUAUUUGGCAAGGAAGGCUUCAAAAUCAGGAAUCACAGAGACCUCUAUUGAGGCAUGUGGUGGUCAAGCUCUUACAUUUGGGGGAGACGUUUCAAAAGAAGCUGAUGUGGAGUCAAUGAUUAAAACUGCAGUCGAUGCAUGGGGAACAGUGGAUGUAUUAAUAAACAAUGCAGGAAUCACUCGGGAUGGUUUGCUGAUGAGAAUGAAGAAACCCCAGUGGCAAGAGGUUAUUGAUUUGAAUCUUACUGGUGUAUUUCUCUGCACACAGGCAGCAGCCAAAAUUAUGAUGAAAAAGAAAAAGGGGAGAAUAAUCAAUAUUGCAUCUGUUGUUGGUCUGGUUGGCAAUGUUGGACAAGCCAAUUAUAGUGCUGCAAAAGCAGGGGUCAUUGGCUUUACCAAGAGUGUCGCAAAGGAAUAUUCAAGCAGAAAUGUAAAUGUCAAUGCUGUUGCCCCAGGUUUCAUUGCAUCCGACAUGACUGCCAAGCUUGGAGCAGACAUUGAGAAGAAGAUACUGGAAACCAUCCCCUUGGGGAGAUAUGGCCAACCUGAAGAAGUUGCUGGACUGGUUGAGUUUCUAGCCCUUAACCCGGCAGCCAGUUAUAUUACUGGACAGGUUUUCACCAUUGAUGGAGGAAUGGUGAUGUAGGGGGCUUAGAGAUUCUUUUAACCUGCCAAAUGUCCACCACAGUCCUCCAGCUCUCAAUGAUUGUGUCACCAAGUCUGCUGCUGGCAAACACGAGCAAUAGUGCCGACCAUUAGCUGCUUAGAUAGUCAAAUAUUCAGGUAGUCUCAGAAAGAAGAUCCAGGGGGGAUGAAAAUGGAUAUUGGAGGGGGCCAUCUACUUAACUUUCCCAUGUUAUAAUCUUUGUGGCUAAACUGAUCUAGAUAAUCAGUUGCAAUCCAUUUUUACAAUAUCUGGACGCUUGUCCUUCUGGUCAUGUGUUUUUGACUGUAGAUGCUACUGAAGACGUUACCUCAAUCUCUAUGUUGCCUUCCCAAGAAAAGGAAAAAAGUAACAAUUUUGAAGCA